UGGGAAUGGCCCCCAUGGAGGCGCAGGUGUUGAUUCGGGUCGUACCCAGUUACGCUCGCGGCCUCCCCAUCUCUCCUCCGCCACCGCGGUUCGAACUCUCCGCAAAACCCCUAUUUCGUUCCUCUCCUCUGCGGAGCACCGCGAGCAGGCCCGCCGCUGCUUCGACAGAGAAGCCGAGAGCGAGCGCGAUAAUGGAGGCCAGCGGGUUCGACUCCGAGGGGCGGGAGUUCAAGAACGCGGAAGAGAUGUGGGGGGAAGAAAUCGGCAAGGAAGGGGAUGUCCACAAGAGGAAGGAGUGGUACCGCCAAGGCGUUGGCUAUUGGGAAGGUGUGGAGGCAACUGCAGAUGGAGUGUUGGGAGGAUAUGCACACGUCAAUGACGCUGACAUAAAGGGCAGUGAAGCUUUUCUCAAAAUGCUUUUGGCUGAACGUUUCCCGGAUGGUGGAAGAGGCCGUAGUCUUGUUGCCCUAGAUUGUGGUUCUGGCAUUGGAAGAGUUACCAAGAAUCUUUUGAUCAGGUUCUUCACUGAGGUUGAUCUCCUUGAGCCUGUAUCGCACUUCCUAGAAGCUGCCCGUGAAAGUUUGGUUCCUGAAAGCGGUUUAGCAAUCGAGAACAAGACCACCAAUUUCUUUUGUGUCCCCCUUCAGGAAUUCACACCUGAUGUAGGACGAUACGAUGUCAUAUGGAUUCAGUGGUGCAUUGGCCAUCUUGCAGAUGAUGACUUUGUAUCUUUCUUUAUGAGAGCCAAGGCUGGCCUCAAACCUGGUGGGCUUUUCGUCCUGAAGGAGAACAUUGCUAGAAGUGGUUUUGUGUUGGACAAGGAAGAUCGAAGCAUCACCAGGUCCAAUACGUAUUUUAAGGAGCUCUUUCACCGGUGUGGAUUGCAUAUCUUCAAAUCAAAGGACCAGAGGGGAUUACCUGAGGAAUUAUUUGCUGUGAAGAUGUAUGCUUUAACCCCCGAUGCGCCUAAACGAGUUCACAAUACCAGAGCCAAAGCGCAACCCAACAGACCUGGCAUCAUCAAAUGAGUAAUUACUUCAUGGAUGGAUUUCAAUAGCGGAGGUCGGGUGGGGGUCACCUGGACGAUGCACAGAAUGUUGUGAGAUGCUUAUCCGUUCUUGCAUGUGUGCUAUCCGUUGAGCGAUUGAAUGAGUGUGAUCUGUGCGCAUUUUACUCGUCUGCUGUCGCAUUGUUUUCAAUGGAAGGUGUUUAAAACAUAUUUUGCCGUUCAAUGGGCCGCUAUCUUUGUAUUAUUUUUUUCUUUUUUUGCAAUUCUAGCCAAUGAAAACAAUUUACAGUC